GCAGCUCGGGUAGCGAAAAGCUUCAGUCAGCCUCAUGCAGUGAGAGAACACUGAGAGGACAGAGGAGCAGGGUGGAUGUGGGUGAGAGUCAUAGACUGGACACACACACACACAGCAGGAGAGUGAGGACAGCUGGCUUUGUGUAAGAUGCGUUAUGGCGUCAUAGGGCUCAUGGCAGGGAUAAGCAGAGGAGCUUAACACAGCCUGGAACGAGGGAGCUGCAGAUGACCAUUUUGAAGUAGACGUUUUACUGUAACACUAGAGCCGGGGUUAUGGCGUAGUAAAUUGUGAGGAAGAAUGACAUCGCUUCAAUUAACUGCUAUAACCCUGCAGUUCAUAUUUUGUGGGAUACAAGAAUUGAGGAGGAACGAUGACAGAGCGCUAUGACUGUCACUACUGUAAGGAGUCCCUGUUUGGGAAAAAGUAUGUCCUACGGGAGGAGAACCCAUACUGUGUAAAGUGCUAUGAGAGCCUGUACUCCAACACCUGUGAGGAGUGCAAGAAGCCUAUCGGUUGCAACAGCAGGGACCUGUCAUAUAAGGACCGCCACUGGCAUGAGGACUGUUUCCACUGCUUCCAGUGUAAGCGCUCGCUGGUGGACAAACCGUUCUCCACCAAGGAUGAGCAGCUGCUGUGUACCGAGUGCUACUCCAAUGAGUACUCCUCCAAAUGCCACGAGUGCAAGAAGACCAUCAUGCCUGGCUCCAGGAAGAUGGAGCAUAAGGGCAACAGCUGGCAUGAGACUUGCUUCACCUGUAAGCGCUGCCAGCAGCCCAUUGGAACCAAGAGCUUCAUCCCCAAAGACAACAACAACUAUUGCGUGCCGUGCUAUGAGAAGCAGUUUGCUAUGCAGUGUGUGCACUGUAAGAAGCCCAUCACCACCGGAGGUGUGACCUACCACGACCAGCCGUGGCACAAGGACUGCUUCCUGUGCACCGGCUGUAAGCAGCAGCUUUCUGGCCAGCGUUUCACCUCUCGUGAUGACUUUGCCUACUGUCUCAACUGCUUCUGCAACCUGUAUGCCAAGAAGUGCGCCUCCUGCACUUCCCCUAUCAGUGGGCUUGGAGGGAGCAAGUAUAUCUCUUUCGAGGAGCGCCAGUGGCACAACGACUGUUUCAACUGCAAGAAGUGCUCGGUGUCUCUGGUGGGCCGAGGCUUCCUGACUGAGAGAGAUGACAUCUUGUGCCCUGAGUGUGGCAAAGACAUCUAAUGAGAAUUCACCUAAAGUAGAGAAAAAACCCUAAAGCAUGGCAGCAUAAGGAAUUCCUAAUACACUUAUAUACACCUUUAUCACAGCCAUGGAUUUUAGAACCUCUGAUUUAUAUAAAAGUGUAUUAUUUUAGAAGAAAGAUAAAUAUUAAUGCAAUAAAUAUCACCAGAUAAAUUUUGCCUAGAUGUUUCUUUUAUUUUUGGCAUGAGCAAUAAGGGCUAAAAAAAAAAAAAGACAAAAUAUAUUAGCUUUGAAACUUUAAAACUAGUUUAUGAUGAAUAUUAACACACUAACAGUUUCUAAUAAACUCUGACAGUGAGCCUUAUUCAGUGCAGCUCUUUUUCAUGACCAUCUAUUGUUGUGCAAUAAGUAAGAUAAUAAAAAGAGAAGCAAAAUGCUACCUGGAAUUGUAUCUGUGAAGAUUUCUCAAUAAUGCUUGUAUGUAUUAAACAAUGUAUGUAUCAAGAUAUAAAAUGAAUUAAAACCGUUAAAAUUCUGA